AUGGGAUUAUUUCCCGAUCCCCCUAUAACACCGAAGCUCAAGAGGCGCCUGUUCGGUGGGGGUGGUUCCGGGAGUAGUUCGUCCCGUAAGAGUGAAAGUAAUGCGGCAGGGGGCAACGAUAAUGGGAAUGCCGGCGGCGGUGGCAGUACCAGCAGCACCGAUAGAGACUCCAGGAGGCAUGCGAGCCGCCAUCAACAUGGAACUCGGAACGAUAGUUUUGGCAGCAUGUCGAAGUCAUCGACGCCGCAGCAACUGUCCACGUCCUGGGAGUUCAUUCGAUCCGUGUCAGCUGACAAUCAGUACGAAGCGGAGCGCGAAGGUUUGAGCGAAAUAAUUGCCACCCCACGGUACCUGGAGUUCCUGAAAAACUAUCGCGAGGAAGCAGCAGCCACGGCUGCGUCCGAAACAACGCUUGCCGUCUCCGCCUCGCCACGCUACAUCGAGGUAAGAAAGGGACGCAUCGUGCUCGAAUCGUCCUCCCAGCCACAGCAGCCACCCCCGCUCCCGAUCCGCAACGGUGGCCUACACCCCCCCGAUGGGGAAAAGACUGAUCCUCAGCACCAACCGCUACACCAUGGCCGUGAUUCGGUUUUACGAAUCAACCGUGAACAGAAGGUACCCGGUGGAUGUCCGAUGGUCUCCCCGGCUUGCCCGGAUGCCGGGAUCGAGAAUGAACCAUCCAUCCCGUUCCCGCCCCUACCACCAUCGCCACCAUCCUCGCCGACGGUACGCCAAGGAUACAGCCCGAGCGCUUCUUCACCCCUGCACGAGUGUGGGAAACUUGUGCGGAACACUUCCGGCUCGGUUUCGGACUCCUGCAAGAACACGGAAUUGUUGGAAGCUCGCAUUGCGGAACUAGAAGAGGCCUUAUUAAAGCUACAAGAACGAGUAAACCAAAGUCAAUGCAACUCACCAACAUUGGAAAAGGAGAUAAAGGAGCAUUUAGAAGUUAUGAGCAAAGCGAUGAAGACAAAGGAUCGAAAAUCGAUGCAAGUUUGUCGAGAGCAUAAAACAUUGCAGGUACGCUUUCAGAAGCAAGAAAACAGUCUCAUGGCGCUGCAGAAUGAGAAUAAAUCGCUACACCAAAGAGUACGGCAGUACGAGACGUGCCUGGACGACAUCAUGCGCAAGGUGGUGGAUGCACUCGUGGCGGAGGAUAGUCUGCGGGACGAGGUGGCGAUACUGAAGAGCCGGGUGCGCGACUUGGAGGCACAGAAUGCGGCACUCGUCACCACACACGCCAGCCCGGCAAAGAGUCGCGAUGAGGGUUACUGUACGAUGAGCUCGGGACAGCCACAACCGCCGACGGAAGGACACCUGGAGGAGCUACCCGAAGAGCCGGAACAGUGGCUGAUGUCGGCGGAACCCUGCACGGCUGACAUGGAGGACUGGAGCAUGUCGCAGGAAGAGCUAGCCACAGCGCUAGACGAGGAAAACCAUGAGUGGAUAUGGAACUCCAGCUUUCUGACGACGGCGGAAACGCAGACUGAAGACAUUACCGCCUUGCUACACGAUCAGAUUGUGUACUCGGAGGACGAAGAGGUAGCAUGUACGAAUUUCACACGUGACUUUUAUCGACUAGUCAGCUUCACGUCCGGAAGUACGCGCAGUUUACACUCUCCAGUGGCCGCGGGCGGCACUGUUCGGGAGGGUAGUGUAGAGCUAAGCACGAGCGAAUCGAAGGAUACAAGCACCAGCACGCUUGGGCGCCGUAGUACAGCCAAGGGAACUGUUUGCGAUAGCAGCGAUGAAGACGUAAAUGAGCGACUGUCUCAAAGCCCGACACCGAGCGAGGGUGGACGGGCGCAAGUGCUCAGCUGUUCGUCGAGCGAAUCGAGUGACGCAUUAACCGAGAAGUUGCAACUUCCAGCAUCUUCCUCACUGUCAUGUAGUGCCGCAACAACCAUCGACGAGGAGGAGGAUGAGGUGGUUAUACGCAACCAAACGUCACCGAAGAGGGCUGCCCAAUCUCUGCCCCAAUCGCCGAAUCGUCGGUUUAUGGGGAAUAAGUUGCUGGAGACGGAUGUUGUCAAGGGUGCGGUUUCCACCAAUCCUUCACUGUCGCUCAACACGGCCGAUCUGCUGCAGGAUGUGCUGAUCACGUGCCACAACCAGCUGAAGGGUAAAGCAGCCACAAAGCCUGAAAGUGGCGUAACUCCUCGUGCUCAAUCGCCUGCGUCUUCAACUUGGCGAAGGAGUACGGGAUGGCGACGAAUACAGCGUGGUAACGGUGUGCAUGAAACGCACAUCCCCGUCCCAAUUGGCGCGAAGGAUAGACUCAAAUCGCCUCCACCGGUACCGAUUCGUCGAACUUUCGCCAGCUAG